CUUACUCCUUAAUUGCCAAACACCGCAUUUUAUUUAAAUUUAAUUCAUGAACUGGUUAGGGUUUUGUUCCCUGCACUCUGGGUUGUUUGGUUUUGUUGGCAGCUAGCUAUAUCUUGGAUCCUAUCAGGGUAGUGCCUGUGUUUGGAGAAAGGUUGGUGACUGGUUAGUGUUGUGUUGAACAGAACGAUGACAACGUCAACUAUGGAUGUUUUCCGUUUCCACCACACCCCUUUUUAUUGUGAGGAGAAUGUAUACUUGCUUUGCAAGAAGUUGUGCAGUGAUGGGAUAGCAAAUGCUGAGGGAUCUGAUCUUUUUGUUGUUUUCAUUUCCAACGAAAGGAAACAGAUCCCACUAUGGAAUCAAAAAGCUAGCAGAAGAGCUGAUGGGGUGAUUCUAUGGGAUUAUCAUGUAAUUUGCAUUCAGAUAAAAAAAGGAGGUAUCCCUCCGCUAGUGUGGGACUUAGAUUCAAGCCUUCCUUUUCCUUCACCUCUGCCUUCAUAUGUGUCUGAAACAAUACGCCCAUCUUUUCAGCUUUUUUCUGAUUAUAAUAGAUUAUUCAGAGUUGUGCAUGCUCCAAUAUUUCUUCGUUGUUUUGCAUCUGAUAGAAGACACAUGAAAGAUUCUGGUGGAAAUUGGAUUGAAGAACCUCCUCAACAUGAACCCAUAGUUGCAGAAGAUGGUGCAGUGCAUAACCUGAAUGAAUACAUCAAUAUAUCUGUUGCUGAUGCUAUUACCGAUGUUACUACCAGUUCAGUGAAGGAUGCAAUUUUUACCGAGAAACAUGGUGUGGUAAUAAAGGAAAACCAGCUUGAGAAAUUAGUUUGUCAGUUAUCUUCUUUAGAAUAGCUACAUACAUAUGCUAGACAUUCACAUACAAAUACUUCUCCGGUUUGUAUAUGUUCUUAGAUGGCAUCUUUCAAUCAAAGAUGCUGGUCAAAUGUUUUUUUUUCUUUAAUGGGUUUUGUGAAAGUGCCUUUUUUCCAGAGGUGUUUCUUUAGGGAGUGUUGUUGAAACAUCGUGUGGUGAUAAAGGAAAAUCAGUCUGAGGAAUUCAUUUAUCAGUUACUUAUACAAUAGCCACAUUCACAUUGCA